CAAAUUAGAUCCAAGAAAACAUAAACCAUGAGAGAUGAAAACAACGAAAUCAACUCUCUUGAUUACACAUACCACACCUUAUUUUUAGUACACUUUGCUUCCAUGCACAUUCCCACAAGAAACAGUCAUCAGUCUGUUUUCAAUCUUUGAUUUGUUCUUCACUCUUUUUCAUAUUUCGGGUCUCGUUUAAUUCCUCCUGUCAGAUUUAUUUAAUUUUGGAAUUCUUUCCUUUCUUUUUGGGUUCGGUCUCAUCUUUAAAUCUCUCACUUGUUAAUUAAUUUCCCCUUAUUCUCAUUCAAAUCAAAUCAAACCCUUUUUUCCAUUCUUCUUUCCCAUUUCACUAUGCUUUGAUCUAACCACUUUGAUUCACAAAGUUUGUAGCUUUUUUGUUUCUGGGAUUUUGCACACAAGAUGUUUGAUGUUAUGCUUACAAGAACAUUUUCAGCAAAUGUAGUUGAGUAAUUUUGAUCGGGUGAUAAGCGAAUUUCGAGUCUGUAUCGAUGGAAGAAGAUCAAGAUGAAGUGAGAUUGAAGUUUUCAACUUUGAUGACUAAUGGGAAUGGAAUGGAGAUUGGGAAUGGGAAUGGGAAUGGGAAUGGGAAUGAGAAUUACGGGUUGAGAGAGAACCGGAAGAAGACAUGGAGAGCGGUUGAUUCGACGACGUUUCCAUUCCCGAAUGAGAAGAUUUGCAAGCAAUGUGGAAAAGGGUUUCAAUCUUUAAAAGCGUUAUGCGGUCAUAUGGCGUGUCAUUCGGAAAAAGAUCGAAACUUUAAGGAUUAUGAUCAUUCUUGGACAAGUGAGAAUAAUGUUGAUCAUGACGAGAAGGUAGUUAUCGAGGGAUAUUCGGACACUGAAGAACCCGAGUUUCAAGACCCGACCCGUGUGACAAGAUCCAAGUCCAAGAAGUACAUGAAAGUUGUGGUUAAACCGUAUUCGUUUAAUUACAAUAACGGGUCUCCUAAUGUUUCCGAUAUUGAUGAACUGGAACAAGAAGAGGUUGCUAUGGUUUUGAUGAUGUUGUCGAAAGAUUCCGGCAACUGGGGUGGUGUUAAUUCGGUGUUAGAAACAUCCGACAACGAUUCUGCCGUUAUGGAGAUAAAACCGUCUUCAAUCGACAUGACUAGACCAGUGGAACCCGACGUUUCGAUUGAGGAAUGGCUUAGAAAUGGUGACGGAAACAAGAAGUCGAAAAUAUCGUACGAAGAAAAACUUGAAAUAAGAAGGAACUUGUUCAAAGAAUUCGCGUAUCGCGAUUCUUUAAGAAAAAAAAUCCGUGUUGAUGAUGAUUCGUAUAACCCUGAGCUAGAACGCGAUGGAACGAGUAAAAAAAGAAACAAGUAUGAAUGCUUAAGUUGCAACAAGAUUUUCACUUCAUUUCAAGGGCUUGGUGGGCAUAGACCAUGUCACAAAAAGAAUCACGCUUUCGGGUCCAAAAACGAUGAUGUUGAAAACAGUUUAGAGGGUGAUUUUACACCUACUCGAAAGCCAAAAUACGAUUACAAACUAAAGGCGAAAAAGAACAAAGGGCACGAGUGCCCGAUUUGUUAUAGGAUGUUUAAAUCAGGGCAAGCUUUAGGAGGUCACAAGAGGUCUCAUUUUCUCAACCGCGCAAUCGAUCAUUUUGCAGCUAUGGAUCACGACGCACCGUCAUGUUCGGAUAUGAUUGAUCUCAAUCUCCCUGCUCCAGAAGAAGAGUAGAGUCAAACGGGUUAAACAGGUCAACCAACAAAAACUUUUGAAAUAUAUUAUGUUGGUAUUUUUUUUUUUUAUUUUUUUUUUGCUUAUUUCUCAUGAUAUGAUUUAGAGAGGUUAAAAUUGCAUAUUUUUUUUAAUCAAAUUGUUGUUAUGUGUCUUGAAAACAUGUUCAAAUUUCAAGAUCUUUGAGUUAAGUUA